GAAAACCAAAGAACCAGAUUAGGAGCUAUCCUUUGAAAGAAUUAUGGCUUCCAUUUCCAUAUCUGCUUCCUUACAAAGAGCAUGCAACUCAAACCAUGUCACUAAGAAACAACAGCCUCAUCAACCCAGAGCUGCAAAGUCUUCGGGAACAAAGCACACUACAGCUAACGUUGUGGCACUAAACGUUGAAGGCCCAAAAAGUUUGGGGGUCUCUGAACAAGUUCAACACAAGUCUACUUCUCACAUCAGUAAACCAGAGAAUGCUGACAAUGAAACUAUAGAUGGUUUGGAUUCGAAUUUCGAUGCUCCAAAAUUCAGCGAUUUGCGCUGGAAGAAUGGAACAUGGGAUCUGAACAAGUUUGUUCUUAAUGGAAAGAUGGAUUGGGAUGGCCUCAUUGUGGCAGAAGCAAAACGGAGGAAGUUUCUUGAACUAUUCCCAGAGGCAUCUACAAAUGAAGACCCAGUUCUCUUUCUGACCUCCAUCAUACCUUGGUGGGCAUGGCUAAAGAGAUCCCAUCUCGCUGAAGCUGAGCUUCUCAGUGGUCGAGCUGCCAUGAUUGGGUUCUUCAUGGCGUAUAUGGUAGAUGUUUUAACAGGGCUCGAUGUGGUUGGACAAACAGGCAGUUUUAUAUGCAAAGUGGGGCUCUUUACCACAGUCAUUGGUGUAAUUAUAUUCAGGAGAACCAAAGAUUUUGAUUACUUUAAAAAGUUAGCUGAGGAAGCUACUUUGUAUGAUAAACAGUGGCAAUCUUCUUGGCUAGAUCAAAACGAAAAGAAGCUCUAAGCUUUCUUAAUUAGUACUGUGAAUGUUGUUCCAUUCCAUCUGGAAAUUUGGUGAAGCUUGUUUUGCUUUUUA